GCUCUGACAGCCCCAUGCAAAGCCUGUCUUUGAUUUAAUCAGCCCAGAGCGUUGCCUGGCAUUGAGGGAACCGCAUUAGUGAGACAGCUACCUACACGCGCCCGUCCUCUUCUGGGUCUGGGACUCCCCUCCCCACCUGCUGCUAUAUUUACCUUACCAGUUGGCCAUAAAAGGCUGGCUGUGAGGCCUGACAUUCUGCUGCCUGACCACAUGCCUUAUUUUUGAACUGGCCCCCAGGUUCCUGCCUCCAGCCCUGCCUCUUAACUCUUCCUUGGAUCCAGCCUAGCUGGGGUUUUCAUCGUCUCGUCCAGCUCCUCACGGCAGCGGAACAUUUCCACCACCGUCGGUCCUUUGGAAGCUGGUUGCCUGCUUUCCUGAGGGGCACAAGAUGGCUCUGCCUUUUUAUCAGAAGUCCCACCAGCACUAUGACCUCAGCUACCGGGACAAGGACCUUCGCACCACCGUGAGCCAGUACCAGCAGGAGAAGAAGCGUUCUGCCAUCUACACGCACGGCUCCACGGCCUACACCAGCCGCUCCUCUGCUGCCCACCGCCAGGAGUCCCAGGCCUUCAGCCAGGUAGCAGCCUCCUCCCAGCAGCAGGCCUCGCACUACUCUCUCGGGGCUGAAGUCAGACGCAGGGCCGCCUCAGCCUAUGACUAUGGCUACUCCCACGGACUUACAGACUCCAGUCUGCUGUUAGAAGAUUAUUCAUCCAACUUGAGCCCCAAAACAAAGCGAGCAAAGCGCAGUCUUCCGUCUGGAGAGGAGAAGGAAAAUCUGCCAAGCGACUACAUGGUGCCUAUUUACUCCGGGCGGCAACUGCAUGUCAGUGGAAUUACGGAUACAGAAGAAGAAAGGAUUAAAGAAGCGGCUGCUUACAUAGCCCAGAGAAAUCUCCUUGCUAGUGAGGAAGGGAUCAAGGCAUCCAAACAGUUCACAGCAUCCAAACGGUCCGCACAAUCGAAACAGGUCACAUCCACCCUGGAACAUGAAGAAGCACUGGAAAAGAAGUCGAGGGAAGUCACCAUUCGAGAAAAGGCAGAUCUCCUGUCGCUGAGAAAGACAUUGGAAGAAACUCAGGCCUAUCACGGAAAGUUAAACGAGGAUCAUCUUCUCCAUGCGCCGGAGUUCAUCAUCAAACCUCGCUCUCACACGGUGUGGGAGAAGGAGAGCGUGAAACUACACUGCUCCGUGGCGGGCUGGCCAGAGCCCCGUCUCACGUGGUACAAAAACCAGGUACCAAUAAACGUCCAUGCCAACCCUGGAAAGUAUAUUAUCGAAAGUCGAUAUGGAAUUCACACUCUGGAAAUCAACGCGUGCGAUUUUGAAGACACAGCUCAGUACCGGGCCUCGGCGAUGAACGUCAAAGGAGAGCUUUCAGCCUACGCGUCAGUUGUGGUAAAGAGGUACAAGGGGGAGCUCGACGAGAUGCGUGCCGGGGCUGCCACCAUGCCACUCAGCUUUGCCGUGACCCCUUACGGCUACGCGUCCAAGUUUGAGAUCCACUUUGAUGACAAGUUCGACGUGUCCUUUGGGAGAGAGGGAGAGACAAUGAGUCUGGGCUGCCGUGUGGUCAUCACUCCCGAAAUCAAGUGCUUCCAGCCGAAAAUCCAGUGGUACAGGAAUGGGGCACCUGUCUCCCCAUCGAAGUGGGUGCAAACACACUGGAGCGGCGAUCGGGCAACCCUGACAUUUUCUCAUCUCAACAAGGAAGAUGAAGGCCUCUAUACGAUCCGCGUACGGAUGGGAGAGUAUUAUGAGCAAUACAGCGCUUAUGUCUUUGUCCGAGACGCUGACGCCGAGAUUGAAGGUGCCCCUGCUGCGCCCUUGGAUGUGGUGAGCUUGGAAGCCAACAAAGACUACAUCAUCAUCUCCUGGAAGCAGCCAGCUGUGGACGGAGGGAGCCCCAUCCUGGGCUACUUCAUCGAUAAGUGUGAGGUGGGCACCGACAGCUGGUCUCAGUGCAACGAUACCCCCGUGAAGUUUGCUCGCUUUCCAGUCACCGGAUUAAUAGAAGGCCGUUCCUACAUAUUCCGGGUUCGAGCUGUGAAUAAAAAUGGAAUAGGCCUACCCUCUCGAGUGUCUGAGCCCGUGGCCGCACUGGAUCCAGCUGAGAAAGCUAGACUUAAAAGUCGCCCAUCAGCACCCUGGACUGGGCAGAUCAUCGUCACGGAAGAGGAGCCCUCGGCGGGCAUUGUUCCCGGGCCCCCCACAGACCUCUCUGUCACCGAGGCCACCCGGAACUACGUGGUGCUGAGCUGGAAGCCCCCUGGCCAGCGUGGCCACGAGGGCAUUAUGUACUUCGUGGAGAAGUGUGAUGCGGGGACGGAGAACUGGCAGCGGGUGAACACGGAGCUCCCGGUGAAGUCUCCUCGCUUCGCCCUGUUCGACCUGGCCGAGGGCAAGUCCUACCGCUUCCGUGUGCGCUGCUCCAACUCAGCAGGGAUCGGCGAGCCCUCGGAGGCCACGGAGGUGACCGUCGUGGGGGACAAACUCGACAUCCCCCAGGCUCCCGGCAAUGUCAUCCCAAGCAGGAACACGGACACCUCGGUGGUGGUUUCGUGGGAGGAGUCCAAAGACGCCAAGGAGCUGGUGGGGUACUACAUCGAGGCCAGCGUGGUGGGCUCCGGCACGUGGGAGCCCUGCAACAACAACCCGGUGAAGGGCACACGGUUUACUUGUCAUGGAUUGGCGACCGGUCAGAGUUACAUUUUCCGGGUCAGGGCAGUUAACGCAGCUGGACUUAGUGACUAUUCGCGGGACUCAGAAGCUAUCGAAGUCAAAGCUGCGAUUGCGGCGCCAUCCCCACCCUACGACAUCACCUGUCUGGAAAGCUUCCGUGACUCGAUGGUACUCGGAUGGAAGCAGCCGGAUAAGAGCGGAGGGACGGACAUCACUGGCUAUUAUGUGAGCUACCGGGAGGUGACCGGCGGGACGCCGGGGCCCUGGAGAGAAGCCAACGCCAAGGCGAUCAGUGAGGAGGUGUACAAGAUCAGCAAUUUGAAGGAAAACGUGGUGUACCAGUUCCAAGUGGCGGCCAUGAACCUCGCGGGCCUGGGGCCGCCGUCGGCCGUGAGCGAGUGCUUCACGUGUGAGGAGUGGACCAUCGCCGUGCCCGGACCACCUCACAGCCUCAGGUACAGCGAGGUCCGGAAAAACUCCCUGGUUCUGCAGUGGAAUCCCCCGGUCCACUGUGGGCGGACUCCGGUCACUGGCUACUUUGUGGACCUGAAGGAGGCCAAUGCCAAGGAUGACCAGUGGCGAGGACUCAACGAGGCUGCCAUCAAGCAGAAGUACCUGAAGGUGCAAGGCCUCCAGGAGGGCAUCAGCUACGUGUUCCGGGUCCGAGCCAUCAACCAGGCGGGCGUCGGGAAGCCGUCUGACCUCGCUGGCCCUGUUGUGGCAGAAACCCGCCCAGGAACCAAGGAGGUUGUUGUACAUGUGGAUGACGACGGGGUCAUUUCAUUGAACUUCGAAUGUGAUCAGAUGACUCCAAAUUCAGAGUUCACCUGGUCCAAAGACUACGUGCGCACUGAGGACUCCCCGCGGCUGGAAGUGGAAAGCAAAGGCAACAAGACAAAAAUGACCUUCAAAGACCUUGGGACGGAUGACUUGGGCAUCUACUCUUGUGACGUAACAGAUACGGAUGGGAUAGCGUCAAGCUACGUAAUAGACGAGGAUGAGCUGAAACGUUUACUAGCUCUCAGCCAGGAGCACAAGUUCCCAACUGUCCCAGCUAAAUCAGAGUUGGCAGUGGAAAUUUUGGAGAAAGGUCAGGUCCGGUUCUGGAUGCAGGCAGAGAAGCUCUCUGGCAACGCCAAGGUCAACUACAUAUUUAAUGAGAAGGAAAUUUUUGAAGGACCGAAAUACAAGAUGCAUAUCGAUCGAAACACCGGCAUAAUUGAGAUGUUCAUGGAGAAGCUGCAGGACGAGGACGAGGGGACGUAUACUUUCCAGAUUCAGGAUGGAAAAGCAACGGGCCACUCCAGCCUUGUGCUCAUAGGAGACGGCCCGCACUUUGCUGAAUAUUUGAGCUGGGAAGUGACUGAUGAAUGUAAUGUGCUGUUGAAAUGCAAGGUGGCAAAUAUUAAGAAGGAAACGAACAUCGUGUGGUACAAAGACGAGAGGGAGAUAUCAGUGGACGAGAAACAUGACUUCAAGGACGGCAUAUGCACCCUGCUCAUAACAGAGUUUUCCAAGAAAGAUGCUGGGUUUUAUGAAGUCAUCCUGAAAGACGACCGCGGAAAAGAUAAAAGCAGGUUGAAACUUGUGGAUGAAGCCUUCCAAGAACUGAUGACUGAAGUGUGCAGGAAGAUCGCUUUGUCUGCCACGGACCUGAAAAUCCAGAGCACCGCCGAGGGCAUCCGGCUGUACUCUUUUGUCACUUACUACGUGGACGGUUUGAAAGUUAACUGGUCCCACAAUGGGACUGCUAUCAAAUACACAGACAGGGUGAAGAGUGGGGUCACUGGGGAGCAGAUCUGGCUACAAAUCAACGAGCCCACUCCCAAUGACAAGGGGAAAUACAUAAUGGAGCUCUUUGACGGCAAAACUGGACACCAGAAGAUGGUGGACCUUUCUGGACAAGCGUACGAUGAGGCCUACGCUGAAUUCCAGAGGCUAAAACAAGCCGCCAUCGCGGAGAAAAAUCGCGCCCGGGUGCUGGGCGGGCUCCCUGACGUGGUCACCAUCCAGGAGGGCAAGGCCCUCAACCUCACCUGCACCGUGUGGGGCGACCCGACGCCCGAGGUCUCCUGGCUGAAGAACGAGCGGCCGCUGGCCUCCAACGAGCACUGCAGCCUGCGCUUCGAGGCGGGCAAGACGGCCUACCUGAGCAUCUCGGGCGUGAGCACGGCCGACUCGGGCAAGUACGGGCUCGUGGUGAAGAACAAGUACGGCACGGAGACCAGCGACUUCACGGUCAGCGUGUUCAUCCCCGAGGAGGAGGCGCGGGCGGCCGCGGCCGAGGCCCAGAAAGGCGCCCCAAAGUCCAAGUGAGCGUCGACCUGCGAGGGGGCGGGGCCAAGAGGAGCCGAGACGACCUGCUGCCUGUCUGAGCGUGCGUGUGCGUGUGUGUGAAUGCUGUGCGGUAAGGAUAGGAAAGUACAGCCGGCUGUGGUGGUGCACACCUGUGUGUGCUCAGGAGGCUGAGGCAGGAAGAUAUCAGAGUUCAAGGCCAGACUGGCUGGGCUACCUAGUGAGGCCUUGUCUCAUUUUUUUUAAAAAAAUGGUAAAGAGUCUUCUGACUUCUCUUCCCAUUGAGUGCUGGCCUGGGAGAAAAAGUCGUCAAAUCUUUUAUUCCUAUAUUUUAAGAAAGUACCAACUAGUAACACUUUGUUCUUUACCUGCAAAUUGCACGUUGAGAAAAUACCACUGGUGUCACAAAUGACAGGAAAGGGCUUCCAGAAAAAAGCCAGAGUUGUGUGGAGAAAAGUGUGUGAUGGUCAGAGAUUGGAGGUCACGGUGUGGAUUGCGACUCUGCCCCAGGUUCUAGAAGACGGCACUGAGCCGGAGGCCGCGUGCGCGCGUGUGUGUGUGUGUGUGCACGCGCACACAUGCAUUUCAGGACUCUCAUGCAUACGUCUCUAUCGGCAGCCCGGGCCAGGCCUCCUCACUCAAAUAAACCGUGCCCGCCUCCCUC